CGUCCAUUCCAGGAUUCACAAGACAAGCAUCCAUCAUGAAGGCUACGCUGGUUCUCGCCCUGGCUGCUUGUGCUGCUGCCAUGCCCUCUCCUGACCCUGGCUUCGUCUACCCCUACGGCCAUCCCCUCGUGUACUCCUCCUACCCCGUCGUCAAGACUGUCAAGGCCGAGACCCCCGCCAGCACCGCCCCCCUCGUCUACACCUACGGCCACAAUCUCCCCCAAAACCCACACCUACCCUUACAACUUCCCCGCACACUUCCUUACACCUUCCCCUACACCUUCCCCUACACUUACCCCUUCGUAGUCAAGGCUGACGAGGCCGAAAAAGCUGCAUCCGAUGAGGAACCUAUGGCUGAGGAGGAACUUAUGGCUGAGGAAGAACUUAUGGCUGAGGAGGAACCAAUGACUGAGGAGGAACCUAUGGCUGACGAAAAAGCUUCAACCGAGGACGAACCCGUCGCUCAGGAAUAAGACGACUCUCAGCAUCCUUCUUCACUUGGACUGGGAGGAGGAAUCGCGAGUCCUCGUAGCCUCGUCUAGCGAAGAGUUCGAAGGACUCGCUGAGCCUCCCCAGCUUCCCUUGCAAGC